AUGUCUGCGCGCAUUGCUGCGGGCCUGCUGCUGUGCCUCGGGGUGGCUCAGGCCGAGAGUGGAGUCCAGGGCCUGGUCCACUGGCUGGAGAAGAACGGCCCCGAGCUGGCCGACACGGCGGGGCACUGCGUCGAAGCGAUGUCCAUGGCCAAGAGCCUUUCCGAGAAGUGCCAGACAACCAAGUUCGAUCCGGAAGGCAUGGCGGGGUUGGCAGCCUGGGCCGUGCUGGAGGGCUUGGAACACAUGCAGGCCCCCAUGGCCCAGGAGUUCGUCAACUCCUCCCUCGCCAAGUUCUACAAGGGCCAGGCGAUCAAGAUGGUGCAGGGCUGGACCCACCGCUCUCUCAAGGAGUUCUGCGAUGGUGACUGCCUCAACGGGUUGGAAAGCUUCGAUGCGUCUUACGCAAAGUGCUACUCGUCGGCGAUUUGCGCCGCGGCCCUGUCGAAGGAGAUCCCCUACGACCACUGCAAGAAGACGAUGGAGACUUUCAUAUUGCGGACCAUGCGCAUCGAGCAAGCUAUGAUCUGCAGCAAAUCCUCCAUGUCCGACUACUUCUGCGCCGAGGAGAGGAACACCCUCCUUCUGCAGAGUCCGGAGUGCUACAUUCGCUUCAUGACUCCGGUGCUGGACGAGAGGACCUGCUCAGCAGAGUGCGUGUCGCAGUGGAGCGAGGCGCAGUCGCUUCAUCCGGGCUGCUCCUCGUUUCUCCAGCGUCAGACUCAGGCAGUCUCGACAAUGACCUUGUGGUUCAUGCGGGAGUUGAUCAGUGGCGCGAAGAAUCCAGAAAUGCGAAAGGCCUUGGAUCAUCUUCCCAAGCACUUCAUGACCUUCCAACAGGCCAUCGUGGUGGAGAGGUUUGGUGGACCGGAGGUGUUGUCGCUCUCCACCAAGGAGCUGCCGGCCAUCAGUGCUGGCCAAGUCCGGGUCAAGGUAGAGGCUUCCGGGGUGAACCCUUCGGACACCUACCUCCGCCUGGGACCAACUGGCCCCUACGCGGCGGUCGCCCCCGAUGUGGGGAACGUCCGCGUUGGGCAGCGUGUGUAUGUUUGCGGCACAGGCACGGGGACUUGUGCUACACACAUGCUAUGUGAUGCUGGAGGGGUGCACCCUCUCCCAGACCGAGUCUCCUUUGCGCAGGGCGCCUGCAUUGGCGUUCCGUGCGCCACCGCCUACUACGCGCUCAAGUGUCGGGCGAAGGUAGCUGAAGGCCAAAGCGUCUUCAUUCACGGAGCUUCCGGUGCAGUGGGUCUGGCAGCUGUACAAAUCGCGAAGUCAUUUGGCUGCCGGGUCGUUGGCAGCGCCGGCACAGACCCUGGCCUGGCUGCGGUGAGCGCGGCCGGGGCGGAUGCCGUUGUGAACCAUCGCGAGAGCGGAUACUUGGAGAAGUGCAAGGAGAUCCAGCCCGGUGGGUACGAUGUUGUCCUGGAGAUGGCGGCGCACGCCAAUCUCGCUGCGGAUCUGUUGCUCGCCGGCCGACGGUCUCGCAUUUGCAUCGUUGGAUCCAAAGCUGAAGCCACGAGCGUCAACCCGCGGACGCUGAUGCCCAGUGAGAUUGACAUUCGGGGCGUGUUCCUGGGAUCUGCUACGCCCGACGAGCACGCAGAGAUUCACCGAUCGCUUUAUGACCUCAUGGCCGGCGGAAACCUGGCCCCGGUGGUCAGCAUGCAGCUUCCCCUCAGCGAUGCCGGGAUGGCCCACACAGAGGUGAUGCAGCCCAGUGCCGGCGGCGCUGCCGGCAACGUGGUGCUCCUGCCCUGGGUGGAGUCCAGCCUCUGA